UAGCUCUCUUUUAUACCCCGCAUAUAGUCUGCUACAUCGCCGCUGUCAAAGUUACUCGUUCACGCGUGUACAUGGGUCAUUGAUGAGAGUAAAGUUAAGUAUAAAUAAAGCGACGAAUACUACGUGAAAAGGAAGAGGAACGAUCAUCCGAACAGGAUUUUUUGUAGGAUUGGAACUUCCGAAUAUGUUUUGAGGAGAAGAUGCCAUCCGAGACAGAUGCUAUGUGCAGUGUUUCCAAGGAGGAGAAGGAUACCGACAACUCUAACGAACAAUCUGUCACAUUGAGGACUUUAAAUUCUCAAGACUCGAAUGUGUCUGCGAAGCAUAUAGAUACUCAUCUAGCGAAUGCUAAUGGUAACAAGGUAUCCACAUCGGAUGUCAGAGCCAAGUUCUUUAACUCAACUGAAGUUGCAGCGUUGACAACAAGUGAUAGCUCUGUAAUGACAAAUGAUCCACUUGAAGCAGAGGACCUAUAUUCCCAACAUAAGAUAACAGAUACAUCAGUACCGGUCAAACAAACCAAAGAGAAUGACGAUGACGCAGGUACUACAUGUAACGAUACAGUACAAAAUUUGAGUAAAAAAUCAAUUUUUCUUGCUCAUAGAAAUCUGGCCAAAAAGAAAGGCUUGUUAGCUGAGAGCAUUUCUGAAAUUCAUCAUAAUACCUUAGAAUCGGCGACCCAUUCUAACAAUAUCCUAGAUGGAAAAAUUUUUGGAUCUGAGAGCAGCCACAAUAUUGAUGUUGAAGAAUGUGAUUAUGAAUCAAGUACAGAGAAUUUGUGCAAUAAUAUCGAUGUCGCUUUGGAUAUUGGGCACAAAGCGAUCGAAGACACUAUAUCUUCACACACUUACGAGCGAUCUUUAAAAAAUGACGAUUCUGCUGUGAACUAUGAUAGUCUCGUGAACACAUUGUUAAAAACGUCUAGCGAUAAUGAUGAAGCUUGCAACAUAGAUCACGAUAGCAACUUAUCGGAAGAUAGAUUAACAUCCCUAUCUUUAGAUAGGGUAGAGUCUAAUGACUCGUCAAAUUCGCAAAGUACACCUUCAGCCAGUUACAGUGACGUGAUUAACGAUGUGAAAAUAUCUUUAAAUACGUUAGACAAUAAUAAGAAUUCGUCUGAAAACACGAUCGACGGAAAUGCAUCACUCGAUUUGUCCGAACAUGUUUGCAAAGAGAUGUCGAUGUCGCAAGACGUGGUAUGUGCUUCAUGUUACGAUGAGUUAGCAAGUACAAGUAAAACGUUUAAACUGCCAAUCUUAGAGAAAAUGCCUAAAACUGCCAGUGUUCAGCAGCCUGAGAUCGAGGAAAAUGCAGUUGCACUUUUGGAUUCGUCGUUUAUCAAACAAAAUCAAUUAGAGGGAGUUCAUUGCUUAGAUUUGGAGCCUCGUUCGUCGAACAGCAGUGAGGAAAGUAAUUCAGAUAUAGAAUCGCACCACGCGAGUACAAGUAAUAAUGAUAAUAAAAAGAGACAGUGUAGACCCAAUGGAGUUGUAACGAAAGAAGGAGCCGAAUAUUACCAACUAUGGCGCAGUACAGCUGGUCACUCGUCUCCCGAAUCUUUAUACGAAACUCUGUAUCCAAUGCCGCCACCGCUUCCACCGAGAGCAACACAUCGUCCGUUACAUAGAACUAACGCUUUACCAAGUGGCGCACCAGAAUUACCCAGACGACAUCAAAGACAUCCUGCACCAUUGCGCCCAGAGGAUUGUUUUGGAUUCGAAAUUGUUGAUGUCGACGAAGUUUCGAACCUUAAGUUAAGGACAGCGGUUACAAAAAGUAUUGCUUUAUUAAGUUCACCGAGACCGCACAGACAACGAGAAAGGCCAGAAUCGUUAAUGGCUAAUCAGCGGGAAUGUCCACCCACACCCACGCAUCGACCCAAACCCUUGUGUCCGUUGCCAGUAUGCCAAACGUCAAACGUAUCUCUACCCUCGGAAGAACCUUUGCCUCCAUCAUGGGAAGCGAGAAUAGAUAGCCAUGGUCGAGUAUUUUACAUAGAUCAUAUCAAUCGAACCACAACAUGGCAAAGGCCAAGCUUGACGACACGUAAUACUGGCUGUGAUUUUCGGAGACAACAAUUGGACAGACGUUAUCAAAGUGUACGACGAACCAUUUCGCGUCCCGACAACAUUGAUCGUGAAGCGAACGGUUCGAAUGAUAAUUCCUUCGACAAUACCGAACGGCAGAGUGAUUGCACGGAUAGGAGCGAAUCCGAGCCGUUCGACAUCACCACGAUACCGCCAGUGUUGUUCCUAACGCGGCCUGACUUUUUCACCGUGCUGCAUACUAACGCGGACGCCAUGGAAGUGUACAACCGAAAUCCAAGCUUAAAACACAUGAUCAAUAGAGUCAGAAGGGAUCCAAUUGUUUUCCCAAGAUACGAGCACAAUAGAGAUUUAGUUGCCUUAAUUAAUGUCUUUGCCGAUCCAAGCAAAGAGCUCCCAAGAGGGUACGAGUCGAAGCUCGAUAGGACAGGCAAAAGAUUUUUCAUAUGUCAUGCUAGGAAAGCUACGUCCUUUAUCGAUCCGCGAUUACCCACGGAAGCCGCUCAUAUACGAGCGUUGCUGGAUGAAGCUCCCGUUCCGCCGCCCAGACCGCAACAAGCGUCCGUAACAGCUACUCCUGACAUACCUGUUGCCUACAAUGACAAAGUAGUUGCUUUUUUACGUCAGCCUAAUAUAAUGGAUAUUCUAAAGGAGAGGCAUUCUGCGUUAGGACAGAAUAUCGCACUUCGAGAGAAAGUUAACACUAUAAGGGUCGAAGGGACUACGGCGUUACAGAGAUGGAGUCAUGACGUUCCUUUAGCAUUGUUGCUAAGUUUAUUCGAGCAAGAAAUAAUGUCCUAUGUACCUGGUAGUAUGGGCAGGUCUCCACUUGGCAGUCCGCACGCGUCACCUGGGCUGACAAGGGCUUCUGCCAGAGCUCCCGCACCAUACAGGAGAGAUUUCGAAGCUAAACUUCGAACCUUUUAUCGAAAGUUGGAAAGCAAGGGUUAUGGACAAGGACCGGGUAAAUUGAAAUUGCACAUCAGGAGGGAUCAUUUACUCGAAGAUGCCUUUACGCGCAUAAUGGCCGCAUCUAAGAAAGAUUUACAGAAAGGUAAAUUAGUGAUCAUUUUUGAUCACGAGGAAGGAUUGGAUUACGGUGGGCCGUCGCGAGAAUUUUUCUUUCACUUAUCACGCGAGCUGUUUAAUCCUUAUUAUGGACUGUUCGAGUAUUCCGCUAACGAUACUUACACAGUACAAAUCUCGCCGAUGUCGGCCUUCGUGGACAACUAUCACGACUGGUUUAGAUUCUCGGGCAGAGUUCUAGGUUUAGCAUUGGUUCACCAAUACUUACUUGAUGCAUUCUUUACGAGACCGUUUUACAAAGCGCUUUUGAGGAUACCGGCGAGUUUGAGCGACUUGGAAAGUUUGGAUCAGGAAUUUCAUCAAAGUUUAAUGUGGAUUAAGGAGAAGGACAUUAGUAUCGAACCAUUAGAAUUAACUUUUUCAGUAACUGAAGAACUUUUGGGACGAGUUGCUGAGCGUGAGUUAAAGCCGGGCGGGAGAAAUAUCGCGGUCACCGAAAAGAAUAAGAAAGAGUAUCUCGAAAGAGUGGUGCGCUGGCGACUUGAGCGUGGCGUUGCGGAGCAGACGGAAUCGUUGGUCCGCGGUUUUUACGAGGUAGUGGAUCCACGUUUGGUGUCUGUUUUUGACGCUCGCGAGUUGGAGUUGGUUAUCGCGGGCGCGGCUGAGAUUGAUCUGAACGACUGGCGAACGCACACCGAAUACAGGAGUGGUUACCAUGAUGCGCAUCCGGUGGUAGAGUGGUUCUGGAGCAGCAUAAGCCGAUUUACGAAUGAGCAACGUUUAAGAUUACUGCAAUUCGUCACCGGCACCUCGAGCAUUCCAUAUGAGGGGUUUGCAGCUUUGCGAGGAUCCACAGGACCAAGGAAAUUUUGUAUCGAGAAAUGGGGAAGGCCAAACAGUUUGCCUAGAGCUCACACAUGCUUCAAUCGCUUGGAUCUUCCGCCUUAUCCCACGCCCGAAAUUUUGUAUGAAAAGCUGCUGUUGGCCGUAGAAGAGACAAAUACAUUCGGUAUAGAAUAAAGCGAUGAAUUUUGGAUUUGUAAUUAUAAAAAAUUGUAUGAUUGGUAGAAUUGAAAUAAUUACCUAGAUUGAUUUUCCGCUAAGAAAAAUAAGAUGAGAUUGUAUAGGCCUAAUGGUUUAUAAAUUACAGUCAUAAUUAAUUCAAUUUAUUUAAAUUGGGUAUACGAUGUAAAUAACGAAAUAUUCGGCAGCUUUCAAUCUCUUAGAAUUUGAUCAGACGAUGUGUUUUUAUGUGAAGUAUAUGAGAUAGCAUAAUCAAUCAUUAAUUGAUUAUUCUUUAAACUUUAAACUUUUGUGAAUCUUCGUGAUUCGUCAACUGUAGAAGUAACUUGUUGAUGCAAUCGUUAUGUACACAUUGAGAUCUCGUAAAUAAUCUUUUCUAUUAAUUUUUUCUAUUCCGGUUUUCAUUUAGUUAGCGGAGCUGAUUCUUCAAUUUUUUAGAUUUUUUUUUCCGUUCGUAUUUUUUAUCCUGUUUUGUUUUCAACAAAAUAAAACAAAAGAAAAAAAAAUUUAUUUGCUAAGUUUGUAAAUGGCUACUAAAUCUACAGCAAUUUUUAAAAUAAGAAUACAUGCAUUCUAAACAUUAUUAUUAUAUUUUCUCAACACAUAAGCUUCUAAAAAGAAAAUUAAUGGAAUUAAUUUAGAUAAAUACAUAUACUCUGUUCACUGACAAUGAGAGAAACCGAAACUGUUCGGACAAAAACUCGUUAGGCUCCGCCUGCAGGACGAUUGAAAAUACUCCCUACUUUUCUGCUCGCACAGAUCUGUAUAGGCUCAUAAUGUCAGUAGGUUCAAGCGUGUGGCAUGAGAAAAUAUCGUUAUAACUGUUUAUUCAUAAAGUAAUACCGUCGAAUGAUUUGAUUCUAUAUUUUUGAGAGAAAUGUAAAAAACUAAUUGAUAUGACGAAAGAAAAAUUAGAUGUCGAAAUAUCUUUAACCUUUAUCUCCUGUGAAAA